AUGGCGUGUGAUAUGAAGUGGAGCCCAAUAUGGUUUGUACUCCUUGGCUUAGGUGCAGGGAUCUUUUUGUUAGCCGGUGGGUGGGCGGCUGCUGUGUUUGCAGGUCCAAUGAUGAACAUGGAACAAAACAACGCAUUGAGUAAAUCGUCGCUCAAUUAUUACUCCAAGAAAACAUUUAUGGUCGAGACGUUGACUCUUGCUUGUUUGAUGGGAUUGGUUGCAGCGUGUGUAGUCGUAUAUAUAUUCUUCCCAAAACAGUGGCUAAGCCUCAUUACAUACAUCUUGAUUGGUCUUUCUAUAAUUGCGGGGCUUACCACGGUCGGAUAUUUUGGGUACACUUAUUUCUCGAUGAGGGGAGCAACAAAUAAAUCCAUGGUAUCAUCUCUCGCCUUGUGGGAAGAGAAGUUCGGGUGCUGCGGAUGGGACGACUUUCGACCACAACCACUCUGCGCGUCGGAGUAUGGUAGUGUCAGUAAAACAACUUGCCAGAAGAAGUUGCAGCCAAUGUUAUGGUCAUGUUUGCAAAAUUUCGCAAUUGGAACCGUUUUUUUGGUCCUUUUGAUUGCAACACUGAUCGCUGUCAUUGUUUCGCAGGUUCAUCAACCCAAAAAACUCGACCUUUUGGCAACAAGAACUUAA